AUGGGGAGGGUUGUCGAGAUUGGGUGGGUUAUAGGGUUUCAGAUCGCCAAGGAGAUUAUUAGACAUGUUCUCACUCUUCGUUACCUUCAUGAUGUAUCUACUUCGUCGGAGAUUGUGGGGCCGAUUUUCCUCUCCGAUUACAACAGAGGGAAGUUUGUUCAACAAACACAAACACAACCAGAAACGGUCGUUUCUGAUUCUGAACUGGAAUUCGUUACAAAAACUCAACCCACUCGAGCAAAAACUAAAAGAAAAGAGAAGGCGGAGGCUAAAUGUUGGGAACCCCUGGAAGUGUUAGUGUUGGCACAAUCUUGGAUCGAUAUUUCAGAAGAUGCGGAGGUUGGAAAAAGCCAAAAGCAUGACCGCUUUUGGAUUCGCGUUUUACAUAGGUUUCAUAAAGGAAUGAACUAUGGAGAACACCGUUCAAAACAUCAAGUGUACUCUAAAUGGAGGAAGAUGAACAACAAAAUCAUGUUGUUUAAUGAUUUGUAUAACAACAUGAAACGUCAAUGGAAAAGUAGAGAAAGCGAUGAAGUGAUUUUGAAGAAAACGUUGAAAGUCAAAACAUCAGACGAGCAUAUCGAUAGUGGUUCAAAACGCAGUAGAACAUCUGAGUCCGACCACACUACAUCAGAUGCUCGUGUUCAAUUUGAUCUGAACGAAGAUGAACCUGUUCCAGUUUCACCACCUUCUCGACCAAUGGGAAGAGACAAAGCAAAAAGCAAAGGCAAAGACAAAACGUCGGAUUUAGAUGAGUUGAAAGAAAUUGGGGACGACAUGAAGGGUAUAAAAGAUGAAAUGGACAAGAUUUUGCAAAUUGCUUCUGAAAGAGAGCUUCGGAAACAAAGGGUGAGCGAUAUGCGAAUACUAACGAUGGACACGUCGAAAAUGAACGGGGACGAGCUUCAAGUUAUUUUGGCGAUGAAGAAGGAAGUGAAAAAACGUUACGUAUACCGUGGCUAA